AUGUCCGCUGAAUCUAGGCCAGAUGUUUCUUACACCGCUGUACCAACAAAUGAACCGUCGCGACCAAGGAACCGGUGCACAUAUCUGUUGGUUGGUACUAUUAUUAUUUUAUUAAUAUGUGGUGCUAUCGGAUAUUUCCUUUUACGUCAUGAACGACGAAAGGAAACAAUCCAUACACAAACAAUAACAACAGACGAUGAUACCCAAGAUCUGUGUACAACUCCAGAAUGCAUCCAAGCAGCACACGCUCUUCUCGAAAGUAUUGACGAAACAGUCGAUCCCUGUGAAAACUUUUAUCAGUUUAGUUGUGGGAAAUGGAUUAAAAAUGCAAAAAUACCAGCUGAGAAUUCCAAACUAAAUUCACUAUCGCAAAUGAAGACAAAUUUGCAGAAUGCACUUGUUGAUUUGCUUUCAUCAUCACCAAUCAAUGAAAGAACAGAACCAAAAGCAAUUAUCAAUGCUCGCCGUUGGUACAAUUCAUGUAUCAACGAAAGUGCAAUCGAAGAGGAAGGUGUUGAUGUCAUACUUUCAUUCAUCAAUAAAGAACUUGGUGGAUGGCCUAUCUUGUUAGGUGAUAAAUGGGAUGGAUCAACAUUUGACCCCUAUCGUGUAAUACUCACAUUAAGUCAAUAUAAUCAUUUCAUGCCAUAUAGAGUAGAGACAACUAUCGAUCUCAAGAAUUCAUCAUUGCGAAGCAUUAGAAUAAAGCCAUCUAUUGAUUUAACAGUCAAUUUGAUACCCACGACCGUAGAUCUCGAAAAAACUGCAACUUACUUAGCAAUCUUCCAGAAGUUUGCUGCAGCAUUGGCCAAGGAUUCAUCAACAAUCACGAUUGAUACUUUAGGUGUAUUAAAGCUUGAAUUGCGAAUUCAACUAGCUUAUCUUAGGAGUCAAAUUCUAUCGCUAAACAUUGUUCUUCGUGCAUCAAUUGGUAAUCUUGCUCUUGCAAAUUUCCUAGGUCAUGACUUCAUUAAUUAUGUUGAAUCCCUUUAUCGAUCUGCAAAUGUAUAUCUGAUGGAUACAGAUAUUGUAACAGUGAUUUUUCCUGAGAUCAUUCAUGCUAUUACAUCAAUUUUUGAAGAAGAAUCACCUCGUACUGUACAGAAUUUUUUAAUAUGGCACUUUAUGAUUGAUCAAGCUUGGAAAAUGCCAAAGAAAUUUAGAGAUUUGGAACAACAAUAUAGACGUUUAUUUGAUAUGAUAAGUGAGGAGAAGGCGCGCACAGUCAGAUGUGCUGAAUAUCUCGGUGAAACUAUGGGGCCUGUGAUCUCUAUGACUUAUACAAAUAAAUAUUUUAAUAAGGAUAGUCGAAAAGAGCCUAAAGCCAUGGUCAACAAUAUUCGUGAUGUCUUUAUUAAUAUGGUCAAUCGAUCGACAUGGAUGGAUUCGCACUCAAAAACUUGGACAAUUAAAAAAGUUCAAGAUAUAAAAUCAAAAGUUGGUUAUCCUGAUUAUUUUGAGAACGCCUACAUGAUUCAACUUGAGAAACAAUAUGCUGACUAUAAUUUCAAUUCAUCUUUGAUGUUAAAUGCUUUGAAAUUAAUUCAACUUAAUUCAAAAAAUUCACUUCGAACACUUCGUGAUCCGGUUGAUAAAGACGAAUGGAUGAUUACUCUACCAACAACUCUCACUGCCACAUAUCACAUAUUACUAAAUGAUAUUACUAUUCCUGCAGCUUUUCUUCAAAAACCACUUUUCAGCAACAAUCUACCAAAGUACAUCAACUAUGGUGGAAUUGGUUUUGUUAUUGGACAUGAGAUGGUACAUGGUUUUGAUGAUGAUGCACGAAGAUAUGAUAUGCAUGGGAAUGAAUUUUCGCUAUGGACCAAUAUGACAAUUGAAGCAUUUCAUGAACUCAAACAGUGUAUAGUCGAUCAAUACAACAGUUACACAUUGGCUCAAGUUAAUCAACAGGUGAAAGGUGAACGUACAAAAGAUGAAAACCUUGCUGAUAUUGUUGGGUUGAAACUGGCUUUCUACGCUUAUCGAAAAUGGGCUCAAAGUCAUAGAAACGUCGACAAAAAAUUGCCAGGUCUUACAAAGUAUUCAGCCGAACAAAUAUUUUUUCUUAGUUUUGGUCAUGCAUGGUGUGAGAAAAUGUCCAACGCUGCUGCAGAGUCUUAUUUGAUAGCAGAUAUACAUUCACCUCCUGAAUUCAGAGUAAUUGGUUCUACGUCGAAUUUCGUCGAAUUCGAUCAAUCAUUUGACUGUAAACCUAGUCAAAGAAAUAGUCGAGUAGACAAAUGUAAUGUGUGUGCAAUAAUACGACCAAUAGCACCAAUUAUAAUUAAAAUAACAACAAAUAAGCAAUUAUGUAAAGAAGCUCGGGUACUUGUAGCAAUACAAUUAAGAGAAUUUCAAAUAUAUAUGCGUAUGUCAAAUGUUAUGGGCAAAGUCGAAUGGAAUACAACUCAUGUUUGUUCAACUGGAAGUUUAACAUUAACAAAUACAGGACAAAGAUCAAUUUUCUUUUCAUUAGGUCUUCAAAAAUCUAUAUUUCAAGUUGAACAAGGCAUUGUUGGAGGAACUUUAAGAUUAAAACAUCUUAGAACUACAACUAAAAUGGCCAUUUGUGACGAUGGGCUUGAAAUGCUAACGCAUGAGAGUGCCUAUCUCGAGACAUUUCAUCUUGUUUGGCUUGAUACCACAGAGAACGAGUCAUACAAUGAGAAGAUGAUUGCUCGGCAGCAACUCCGCACGAUCUUCAAACAUCUAAAGAUAUUUAAGAAUCCCAACGAAUGCCAAGAGUACAUGGAGAAUAUGACAAAUACCGAUCGAAUUGUGCUCAUUGUCGAUGGUCAAUCAAGUCAACAGAUCAUUCCUCGCGUUCACGAACUGCGGCAAGUGUCCUCAAUCUAUGUUUACGAGAGUAACGAUGACGCGUUGGCGACUUUCAGACUCAGCCAAAAGAUCAAAGCAGUUAGCGCCGAGUUCGAUUGCAUUAGAACACAGCUUGUGUCAGAUCACCAGCAUCGAACAAGACGACGUUACCAAGAAGUCGACGAGCCUAUUUCAAUCAGUAUUUUCAAUACGAGCCUCAUGUCCGAUCAAUCGUCAACAGGACUCAAUGGUCAAUUCAUGUUUUCACAUUUGCUCAUUGACAUUCUACUUCGAAUGCCAUCGACUGAUACGGACAAAAACGAACUGAUUGCUCUGUUUGAAGAAGAGUUUAGCGGCAAUUUGGCCAAUCUUGCUACUUUGAACGAGUUCAAACAAACAUAUUCAUCUAAGCAAGCUCUGUUGUGGUACACGAAAGAGUCAUUCUUGUAUCGCUUAUUGAACAAAGCUCUUCGGGUUCAAAACAUUGAUUUGCUCUUUCUCUUUCGAUUCUUCAUUCAUGACAUUCAUCAACAACUCCAACAACUGCGAUGUUCGAGCCCGAUUCGCGUCUAUCGCGGACAGGCGAUGUCGAUAGAAGAACUAAAUGUACUACAAAGUUCUAUUGGUCAGCUCAUUUCCAUGAAUUCAUUUCUUUCGACGAGUGCCAAUCGUGAUCUGGCACUCUUUUACUUGGGCAACUCGACGGCACUCGACGCCUCACCACGAGUUCUAUUUGAAAUCGAUGCCGAUCCUCGACUAGAUAGUGCUAUGCCAUUCGCCAAUAUCACUGCUCACAGCCACUUUCCAGACGAAGAAGAAAUUCUCAUGAUGCUCGGCAGCAUCUUUCGCAUUGAAUCUAUUCAACACCAACGAGAAAAAGACAGUCAAUUAGUCCACAUCGUUCGAAUGACAUUGUGUAGCGAUAACAAUCACAAUGCAAAACUUGUCUAUGAAACAAUGAAAAGUGAACUUGGUGUCGACGGCACCGAAAAAACAAGUCUCCUUCACUUUGGAGAUGCACUGAAUGAGAUGGGGAAAUUUAAUGUGGCCGACAAGUAUUUUCAUCGCUUGCUCUACCAACUCCCGAAUAAUCAUGCAGAUAUUGCUCAUUGCUAUCAUGGUCUUGGAGAAGCGGCUACUGGCAAAGGCGAAUAUGAAGCUAGUCUCGAAUGGCUUCACAAAGCACUCGAAAUUCGAAUACAAACACUACCAUCGGACCACGAUGACAUUGGGCAGACCCACAAUUGUAUCGGCAUUUCAUUCGAAGGCCAAGGCGAAUACAAUUUGGCGCUCGAGUCCUAUGGUAGAGCUUUGACUAUAUGGCAACUCACAAAGGACAAGAAUUAUCAUCGAGUGGCCUGGUGCCUCAACAAUAUUGGCGUUGUCUAUCAAAAAGAAAAAAAGUAUACUGAAUCACUCGAGUACCAACAAAAGUCACUAAGUAUCAAAGAGAAAAAUCUUCCAACUGAUCAUCCAGACAUUGCGGCAUCACUGCAUAACAUUGGCGAUGCUUAUUGUUCUCUUGGUCAACAUGAUACAGCUUUAGAAUAUUACGAGCGAGCUCUUAAUAUUUUUCGAAAGUCUCUACCUGAUCAUCAUCCUCACAUUGCAUACACAUUGGGCAGCAUCGGUCACCUGUCUUCACCUGAAAUGUAA